GCGGAACCCGCGCGGGGCCGCGGCCGCUCCUGGGCCGUCCGGGCGCGCUGCGCGUGGUAUCGUAGCGUGCACCUUCCACAGUGUGCCUGGCCGCCGAUGCCCAGGCUGCACGACCACGUCUGGAACUAUCCAAGCGCGGGCACUGCGAGGCCGUACAGCCUCCCGCGAGGCAUGAUUGCGGCGGCCCGCUGUCCGCAGGGCCCCGGAGCCCCCGAGCCCGACCACGCGCCCCGGAGCCAGCGAGCGGGAACCGCAGGAUGCAGCGCACGGCCUGGCAGCUGGCACCACGACUUGGUGCAGCGGAGCCUAGUGCUCUUCUCAUUUGGCGUGGUCCUGGCCCUGGUGCUCAACCUGCUGCAGAUCCAGCGGAAUGUCACGCUCUUCCCCGACGAGGUGAUAGCCACAAUCUUCUCCUCAGCCUGGUGGGUGCCCCCGUGCUGUGGCACGGCAGCCGCUGUUGUCGGCUUACUGUAUCCCUGCAUUGACAGUCACCUGGGCGAGCCUCACAAAUUCAAGAGAGAGUGGGCCAGCGUCAUGCGCUGUAUCGCGGUGUUCGUUGGCAUCAACCACGCCAGUGCCAAAUUAGAUUUUGCCAAUAAUGUCCAGCUGUCCCUGACUUUGGCAGCCCUGUCUCUGGGCUUGUGGUGGACGUUUGAUCGUUCCCGAAGCGGCCUUGGGCUUGGAAUCACCAUCGCCUUCCUAGCUACGCUGAUCACUCAGUUUCUUGUGUAUAAUGGUGUCUACCAGUACACGUCCCCCGAUUUCCUCUAUAUCCGUUCUUGGCUCCCAUGUAUAUUUUUCUCAGGAGGUGUCACAGUGGGAAACAUUGGACGACAGUUAGCUAUGGGUGUUCCGGAAAAGCCUCACAGUGACUGAGCUUCAGCACGUGGUUCAGAGUGGAAGCAGGAUGCGGAGACACUGGUCCUGGGUGUGAUGAAGAUGAUCUUUUUCUCAAUGCUCCAUUUAGACUGGGCUGACGCUAAAUGACUCCUAAAGAUGUGUUCACUUAGUCUAGACUAGCAAAUGGAGGCAAGGACUACUUACCUACAAGUCUUCCCUUGCUCCCCCACCCGCACCUGUCUGCCCUGGAGCGUUCCGUCCCAGGCUGUGUGAGAGUCGGUCAGGAGCCAGUUUCCCAAGUAUUAGUUCACUCAUCAUUCAAAGCAAAUUGCCAUAUUUCAAAGCCUUGAAUCAAAAUGAAUUACCAACUAGUUUUGUGUCAGUGCCCAAAGGAGAGAGGUUGAUGGUGCUUAACAGAGAUGAAGUGUGUGUAGUAAGAAUAUUUAUCCAGAAUUAAAAUAGAGGGUUGUGUAAAGAGGGGGUAAGAACAGGCAGCAGUGAGUUGGAGGAAGAGCAUGCUCCCAGUCGGACCCAGUGCAGCUGCAUCUCCAGGUCACACGCGCGCAGGCUGGCGCGCACACAUGGGUGUCAUCGGUGUGGUUUUUACUGUGCGUUUUACUGCCAGGAGGUUUGUAGACAAUCUUACUGAAAGCCGAGGGCAGCACAGAGUUAGGAUUCUGCAUUGUGAUGCUGGACUUCUCACCUCAGUGUAAGUGAAGUUUUAUCCAAGAUCUGGACAUCUCAGAGUGAGUAGCUGUUUGCUGUUUCAGUCAUAAUGAGCCGAAAUUGUGUCUCUGUCACUCCAGAGUGGAGAGGACUUUUCCACAGCCCUAUGGAGCUUGCAAUCUGUGAUUGCCCUGUAACAGGCUGAGUAUGCACGCCACUGCAUUAAAUACGCAGUGUCCUAUGUGCAUUGGACAGCAUAGAACAUGUGGGACCUAACUUGCAAGGAUUGGGUCUUCAACUUCAAGUGCAAUGUGUAUGAAAACCAAUCUGAGCCUUGUAUUCUCUUAAAUAUUUAUUUUUUAAUUUUUUUUUACUGCUCGAGCUAUUCCAGAAAAGGGUUCUCGGGUCAUUUCAGAGCUGUGUGGAGGCACGCUCAGCAAUACUGUGUCAGCCGUGACGAUCCCCUGGUCACACCCCCCACUCGCCCUAGUCCUCUGACAUACUCCAGGUUUGUGAGCUCAGUGAUUUUUACUUAUAAAUUGACCCUUUUUGUAUUCCAGAAUGUGUUUGUUUUAAAUUAUAUGGAACUGACUUGCUGAAGAAGUAGCUGGUCUCUGGGCAGGGCAGAAGCUCUGUGCCUGUGGACAUCUGGGCUUGGGUUCACUUUCGCAGGGCUCCUCAUAGGGAAUGUCUAGAGUAAACCUUUGUUUUCUGAAACUACUUUGGCUAAAAGAAAAUGGGUUGUUCUAGACUUUGGAAUGGUCCUUAAAGUUUCCUGGAAAUAAAAACAAAUGAUUGGUACUUUGAAGACAUUCUUCAGCUAAGACUUAAGUGUCUUGCACAAGCCAGAAGUGACUAGAAGAAAAACAAGUGAUCUUGGCAAUGCACUUGAUUGUAUACAAUUAGUAUUUUUUUUCUCUUAAACCGGAAAUAAAUCUGUUAGAAAUAAUGUAGCCAAAAGAAAAUGAAUCUGAAGGAUGCUUUUGCCAAUAGUUAUAGCAGUUACACCAAACCAAAGUGACUGGGUUUGUACAAAUGGUAAUUAGUACCAAGCACACUCACUGUCCUGAUCUGAACACCCAGCGAGGUUCACGUCCAUGCUAAGUUUGCAGCAUUGUGUUCUUUUGCAUUCUUUUUUUACUUUUAUUAAAGGUUCAAAACCA